AUGUGUUUAGGGUUCACUCAUCUGCAUAGAAAAAAAAUAUCUAUGCUGCAGCAGCAGCAGCAAGGGUUUAGGCUGCUGCUGCAGCUGACGCAAAGAAGGCACCUUGCCCCCCUCCCUGCAUAUCUGCAGCAGCAGCGACUUCACUACAGUAUAAGGACCGCCGGGCCUCUGCAGCAGCAGCAGCAGCAGCAGCAGCAGCAGCAGCAGCAGCAACAGCAGCAAAAUAAAGGGGAAAGGCAGCUCAUGCAGCAGCAGAUCCAUCAGAAGAUGCACAAGCAGCAACAGGUGCAGCAGCAACAGCAGCAGCAGCAGCAGCAGCAGCAACAGAUCCAGCAACAGCAGCAGCAACAGGAGCAACAUGAGAUGCAGCAGCAGCAGCAGCAGCAGCAGCAGCAAAACACAGAGAAGCAAUAG